CAUACGUAACCCCUAUCACUUCAUAAUUAAUUGGCAACCUCAUCUCCUUCUCUUAAUAAUUUCUCUUCUGACUUCUGAGUUCUGAGAGAUUGGUAGCCAUGGCCAUGACCUUGAGACAUGCUUUCGUUAUGCUUCUUGCUCUCAUGUUGGUGCUUGAUGAACGCCAAGCAGAUGGUGCGGUGUCGGCAGAAGUGCAAAAGCUGAUCCAUGAAGCCAAACUGAAUGGCCCUUACGUAGGCGUGGUGAUUCCAAACCUUUUCGAAUUGAGCCCUCUUCUUCACAAUCCUAACUUCACUUCCGCCAACUUCACUAUACCUUUUUCUGGAAGGAGAUUCCGGUUUGGAGCCAUUGGAGAGAAAAGGGUCAUAUUAGUCAUGACCGGACUGAGCUUGAUAAAUGCAGGCAUAACCACCCAGCUAUUGCCGACUUUAUUCAAGAUCGAAGGGGUUGUCCAUUAUGGAAUAGCUGGAAAUGCCAAUCCCUCCCUGAACAUUGGAGAUGUCACUAUUCCUAAAUAUUGGUCACAGACAUCUCUUUGGUAUUGGCAGAGGUACGGAGAUGGACCCUCAGACGAGCUAACCCUCGAAUCAAAUGGAGACUACACCAGGGAACUUGGGUUCCUUAAAUUUGCUAAUUUUACCACAAAUGUGACUGCCAGCCCCUCACAUGACAACCUAUUGAACAAUGUUUGGUAUCAGCCAGAGGAAGUUUUUUUCAUAGAUGGAACUCCUGAACAAAGACAGCAUGCCUUUUGGGUCCCUGUUGAUUCCAAAUACUUAAGAAUUGCUAAAACUCUGGCGGACUUGAAAUUGGAGGGUUGCCUGAACUCAACGACAUGUUUGGAUGAGCAACCGAGGGUGGUCACUGUCCAAAGAGGAACAAGUGGCAGCGUUUUCCUAGACAAUGCUGCUUAUCGCAGCUUCAUUUACAGCAAGUUCAACGUAAGCCCUGUCGACAUGGAGAGCGCAUCGGUGGCUCUGAUAUGUCUGCUGCAAAGGGUACCUUUCAUCAUUAUCAGGGCUCUCUCCGACUUGGCAGGUGGCGGCUCUGCUGAAUCAAAUGAGGCUGAUAUUUUCACUUCUCUUGCUGCAAAUAAUGCUGUCACGGUGGUCAUAGAGUUUAUUAAGCAAUUGUCCGCCUAAAUGAGGCUGAUAUAAUCUUCAUGCUUAUAGUCUAUACUUCACUGAAAUUGGAUAUGCUUCUGCGAGUAUAUAUAGAUACUGUUUACUAAA